AUGGAGAAGGAGUCCAGUCUAGACAUUGAGAAGCAGCCCUCGGAGAUGCUGAAGGAUUUGGUGCUACGGUGGUUUUUGGAGGUUCAAGCCCCCCUUCUUUCCCAGGACGACGGCACCUUACCGGGAUGGUUUCAUGGAUUCAUUACUCGGAAGCAGACAGAAGAACUCCUGAAUGAUAAAGACUAUGGCUGCUUUCUUAUCAGGCUCCGUGAAAGAGCGUUUGGCUAUAUCCUCUCUUACAGAGGCAAGGAUCGAUGCCGCCAUUUUGUGAUCAACUCCCCAAAGAAUGGACGUUAUGUCAUUUCGGGGGACACCCGCCACCACGAAAGCCUUGCCGAAUUGAUCAGGUACUACCAGACAUCUGAAAUCGAGCCGUUCGGAGAAAACCUUACUGCGGCCUGUUCAAAGCUGGAAGAAACAAACAUAUACGACGAAAUCUCCCUGGAGCAGCGAACGCCUGCUAAGCCAAGUCCGAAACUGGUCAGGCAAGAAUCCAGCAGCUCUCCCGCAACCAGCCCUGCGAGGAAGGACAUUACCAGCCAGCAGUCGGCAAAGUCAAGGAGGAAGCUUCAAGAACAACAAACGCCCGUUUCGAAGGAGAGGAGAGGCUGGAGCCUGGAGGCUAGCCCUGAAGACGACACUGAUGAAGCCCCGCCCAUCCCAGACAGGAGCAGUCUGCUGAUGGCAGAAUGCUCCGACGAUGCAGAUCAAGCAGUCACAACCCCCCCGCAAAAUCUAGACAGUCCCGACCAAGGGAACCCCGAUGGAAAAAAUACGAGUCCUAAGCCAUCAGAUAAACUGUACAGCAAAAGAAUGGAUGGAGCUGGCUGUCCAGGAACGAUAUAUUCUGAAAUUGGGGUAGACCAACGCAAGAGCAUUUGGACCCAACCAGAGUCCCAGAGUAGUCAACCUUUCUCUCUUACCGUCCCGAAAAUGUCCACCCUGAAUUCGCCAACGACAACUCCAAAAUUAUCUCCAAAGUUACCUAAUAAACCAAAGGUCUCCGCUGAGUCCCAAGGACUGCAGGACACUCUGUUGGCAUCAUAUUCAACCUCUCCGGUGAGCGGCGAAGGGCGUAAAAUGCCAUCCCCCUCCGAGACGUUAUCUGAUUCCUCAAGGGAGAACUUGUACGGUCAGAUCCAUAAACUGAAAUCCCAGAAACCCAUCGUGUCUCUCGGCGACGACCCUUAUGAACGAAUCCCUUUUGACUGGCCCAAGCGCAGGAUCCGAGAGCGCGAUUCUGAAAACCUUCCCAAAUCUUCACCGCUGAAGGCCAAAGAGGCUUACGAACGAGCCUGCCUGAAGAGCGACCGAUCGCCCAGGUCACAGAGCUAUACGGACAGCGCGUACGAAAAGAUCCCAGGGCGCUCAUCCAAAAGCUCAUUGACGAGGCAUGGGGCUGGAGCAGACGACAUCUAUGAGAAAAUCUCCUUCGUCCCUGGGAAGGGAGCAGGGGCAAAGCCAAGCCAAAAGCUGUUUGAGGCAGUGUGA